UGUGUUUUGUCUCUAUCGAACGCGCACGCAUAACGGUGGUGUGAUAGAGAUGCGCUGUUCACUUUCGGCCAUCAUAACCAUCUUUCUUUCUUGUGCAACUGUUUCUCUUCGGCCGUGUUCUAGUGCAAACGCAGGAUGGACGCCAUUCGUGCGAGAUAAUUUUUUGGUUCGCUCCUGAAGCGAGAGUACAUACGCGUUUGGUGCCGGGCGUGGAACUAUGCUAUAGUGUUAUUGGUGUGCGGUGCUUUCGGUCUGGCGGUGCGGUGUCGACGUGCAAGGAGCUCAGCCUCAGGUGGAGGCAAGGCAAGGCGGCGAGCAGAGGCGCGUGCAGGCCCGAGGCAUGGCGGGCGCGAGCUGAGUGGACGGCCGCGGCCUCCGGUGUCAGGCCGCUCGCGCUCCGCCGCCGGCCCGAUGAGCGGGGCAGGUUCAACGCGGCGGAGGUUAUUUUAUGGGUAUUUGCGUGAGCUGCCGGCGCCGCGAUCGGAAGGCUCCCGAGAAGCGGUCAGUAGGCCUGGGCGCGGGCGGGCCCGCUAAGGGCCCAGCGGCGGCGGAGCUGCUGCCGCGACGCGUCGGUCACCUGCCAGCCAUGGCCAACUCCAUCUCCAACAUCAAGAUGACCAACCCCAUCAAGGGAAUCGUCAGCAAGCGUCGGAAACGAUAUAUCAAGGACGGUUUCAACUUGGACUUAGCAUAUAUAACAGACAGGCUCAUAGCGAUGGGCUUCCCCGCGGAGAAGCUGGAGGGUGUGUACAGGAACCACAUCGACGAGGUGUACAGAUUCCUAGAGCAGAUGCACAAGGACCACUACAAGAUUUACAACCUGUGCUCCGAGCGGUCGUACGAUAGCAGCAAGUUUCAGGGAAGGGUGGAAAGGUACGCGUUCGAAGACCACACGCCGCCCAACAUGGAGCUGAUCCAGCCGUUCUGCGAGGACGUGCACAAGUGGCUCAACGAAGACCCCAGGAACGUGGCCGCCGUACAUUGUAAAGCUGGGAAGGGGAGGACUGGUACGAUGGUGUGUUGUUACCUGCUGUACAGCGGACAGAAGGCGACCGCGGACGAGGCGCUGCAGUUCUACGGCACCAAGCGGGCGCACGACAAUAAAGGAGUAACAAUCCCGUCGCAGCGGCGGUACGUUGAAUACUACGCGGCGCUGGUUCGCUCGGGGCUCCAAUACACGGCUACAAGGGUUUACAUAAGGGAGCUGGUGAUGUGCCCGCCGCCCAUGCUGAACGGCGGCCAGUGCACGCUCGAGCUCACAGUGUCGCAGGCGCAGCCGCCCUUCAAGACGCCGACCGGCUGCCACGAGGUGCGAAAGCACGCGCGCGCUGUUCGCGUGUGCCUCACGCACUGCACGCCGCUGCACGGCGACGUGCGCGUCGACGUCUACACCAAGCCCAAGAUGAUGAUGCGCAAGGAGAAGCUGUUCCACUUCUGGUUCAAUACGUUCUUCCUGGCGGCUGGAGUAGGUGGUACUCAAGUGCCUCCGCCCGCGGAUAGUCCGAACCAGGAGACGUACAAGCUGACGCUGAAUAAGUGGCAGCUGGACGACGCGCACAAAGACAAGCAGCAUAAACUCUAUAGCCCUGACUUCAAGGUGGAGUUGAUAGUGCAAAAGCAGCCUUCCUCGUCCACGUUCAGCUCACACCCGCCGCGAGCCGCCUCGCCGCCCUCCUCCUCGGCCUCCGACUGCUCUGAACCAGCUCUCGACGAGCAUUGGGACUCCGGCGCGGAGCGCUCGUGUGUGGGCCGCUACCGACCGCUGACGCCGCCCGCCGCCGCCACGUGAAUCCACGUACUUGUGAUGGCGACUGGCUCCACUCCAUACAUAAACCCUGCUUUCGCUCAUCAAGAGACCCUAACACGGUGCCGUAAAGGCCCCACUGCCUUUACUUAGUGUCUAACUUACAGUGUUGUAUGUGUGUACGUGUACUGUAGUUUAAGCGGGCUGUGCCAUUGCCACGAACGACGCCGUCGACUCAAAUGUGAUAAUACGAGUGCUGAAGGACAUAAGGACGAUAAAUUAUCUUGGUACUAGGCAUCGCUACCUCGAUGUAAAAUAUUCCCCUUGAUGCUUUGUUCGUUUAAAGUCACAAGGUAUGUUCUUAAAUUCUCUCCGACUGAUAAGUACACUGAGUUAUCUUUUUCGGAUUUUUUUUUACUGAAUAUUAUGUAGCAACGAUUGUAAUGUUAGCGAUGCGGUUACAAUGGCAGAAGGAUCUGGCUCUUUGGUGUUAGCAUUUAUAGGGUUAUCAGAAUGCCUCUUCCAUUUUGCGGAUUGCCAUUAAGAAAAACUGAAAAAGAAUAGACGUUUAGAAACCGGCCAGUGUAUAAGUAGUUUCCGAUCAAAAUAAAAACUUUAAUAAUUACAAUAUUUAAACGAAAUGAAACUAUUGAGUGUAAUAGUCGAUAUUUAUUUUUUCUGGAAUUUCGUAUCAAUUUGAUGUAUUGUAUUUUUAUAGUGUACCUAUUAAUCUAUUUUAAACAUGGCAUUAAUACACGUAAGGUCCAAAACCUUUUUGUUUGGUCUCCCAACUACUUACUGUCUCUAAAUUAGGUAAAAAUAUUUUUUCAGAAUAAUAAAAAUUGUAUUCUUUCGACCAAAAAAAGGUUUUGUAGUAGUUCUGUGUCUAAGAUUCUGAUAGAAAGUCUUACCACAGGGAACCAAUUCUGAAGUGGUGCUUUUGGUUUUAACAAUAAUACCCCUUAUAAGUAGGUACGAAAGUCUAAAUUUAAUCUUUACCUACCCCACUGCAAGUCGGCAUAUUAUUACUUUUUAAAGGAAUAACCUAGAUUUUUAAUACGAAAUUAAUCCGAUGCCGUUGGCCUACGAAUCCAAGACUUGUAUUAUUUAGGUUUUGUAUGCGCUUGAUACACGUUUCGAUUUAUCGAUUCCGUUUGGGUAGCAAUCGAUUUCAUUUAAAUUAAAUGUUGAAUAUUGAUCACAAAUUCUUUUAGGUUAGUUAUUCUGAAACGAAAUUAAAACUUCAUUCAAACGCAAGUGACAUUCUAGCAUGUGUAAUUCAUCCAAUCACAUGCUGGAUUCUAUACUUGAGAUUGACUCGAGUUCUAAUGUUUCAUAUUACGAGCCUAAUUCAUAUAAAACACUUCUUACCACUCUCUUUAAUGGGUAGUGUAUCAAAUAUUUGGCCAAUAUUUUUUUUUAAUAAAUCGCCCAAUAAGGAUGAAAUAAAUCGACGCGUGCGCAAGGCGCAGGCACCACGUUGUACUAAUUCUGUUAGGUAAAUCGUAUUGAAUAGUUACUUUAAUAUGUAAAGAAUUACACGCCGCUCGGCGAGGCACACGAUCCCACCAGAAUUGACUAAGUCCUGACGGACAGUUGUUUUGUAUAGGUUCAAAAGAUCUCAGUGACUGCCGUCAGUAAUGAUAAAAAAUUUUAGGCUUCUAUGGAUCGGCUAUGAGCUUUCGUAUGAUGAGCUAUGUCCUGACAGUGUUGCCACAGAAAAUAAUUGCUAAACAUGUUUAUAUCGACGCCAUUUUGAAUUGUACAGGGUGAUUUUUAAUCAUUUUACAGUUUAAUUUUUGAAGCCGCCGGCGGCUCGUAUACCACUCUAAUGCCAAUUUUUUUUUUUUAGAAAAGCCUUAAGUUCAUGUUCAAAUAUUAGAUAUGAGAACGUAUUAACUUAUUUGAGCAGCAGCAUUAUAUUCAUGAAUUAGAAAUUACCCCGUAUAGUUUAAAAAGGUCGUCGGUAUAGUAAUCGUAUAAUAGCACAAACGUAUCGUAACAACCUUUGACGUAUGGCACGUGACAUAAUCCUGUAAAAAGCAGGGCUGAUCAACUCGAACUUUUCUGUUGAUCCAUAUUAGUUUAUUUGCGUUUUGUGAUUAAUUUAAUCACAAUUUUAAUUUAAUCACAAUAGACCUUUACUGAAAUUUCGUGUAAAGCAAAAUCAUUUUCCGUUGAAGUGUUAAAAGACACUCGAUUUAGUUAAUUUUAUUAGCAAUAAGUUUCUUUUUAGUUAAAUUAUUUUGAAAAUUACUUAUAGAAAAUGCACAAAAUAUCAAUUGUUAAUGAACUCAAACAAGAUCAUAUUUUUGGUGGCUGAUUAUGCGAAAGCUUCAUAGUAGCUCCGUUUGAUAUAACAGUCUUCGUUGAGCUUGUGUUUGGAAAAGGCGAUUAUGGUUUUAACCCUUUCAAUACUGCGCGGGGCUUCAAAAUUAGAUAUCUCGAAGAUAGGAAAUAGGAUAUAAUGCGAAACACUCAAUUACUUAACUUUUUAGACAUAUAAACAGUAUAAUAAUUUGUUUUGCCAGAAAUUCAGCAGCGUUGAAAGGGUUACAUAAAAACAAUUGGAAAUGCGAGAAAUGGGAAUAUUGAUUUUUGUAUUUGAGUUUGGAAUGUGAAAUUAAAAUAAGAUGUGCUGGGAACUCGCAACACAGUGUUUUGUCUUGUGUGACUCUAAGUUACAGGGAUAUAAACAAAAAAAUAAAACAAAUGCUAAAUUGUCGAAGUGAUAAACGAAUCCGGCUGUCGAUUUGUGUUUGUUGAACAGCCCUGAAAAAUUUACGUAGCGUAUCCUUUAGUUUGGUAUACUAAUUUAUUAGUAAGCAACAAAUUACGCUUAAGAUACACUUCAUUUGUACUUGAAAAUGUAUUAAUCGUUCCCAGCAACAGUGUGGAUUCGGCUCAGACCGACUUAUUCCGUUACAAAUCGGGGAUAUAAUACUUUUUUUUUAUUUUCUAAUUGUAAAUAUUAUUGUUAUAAUGCAUUAGUGUUAAAUGAGAUCUGUUUUUCAUUGAUAGAAUAAGUAGGUUGCGUCACAACCGAGUGACCAUUUGAAAAUUUUACAAUAUUGACAAUAGCGGUUUAAAAAUGGCGGGCCCAUGCAAUGGAGCGACAGUCGCGAAUCGGUUCCGGAUCGUUUCUAUGACGUUAGGGCCCGGACAUGCAUUACCUACUGAGCGGCGCGGCGACGUAACACAUGCACAGUAUAAAUACUUGCUAAUGAAGGUUUUCGCGUAUGAAAGAUCCGCUGAUGGCGGGACGUGGAUGUGGGGUCUGACUGCGUGAUUGGUGGAUUUUGACAUAUAUGUCAAUGUCAUGUCAAAAAUAAGCAAUCAUGCAGCAUUUGGACCUCGCGUCUACGUAUUGCCAUCUGGCGGAUUUUUCAUACGUGAAAACCCUCAUUGGCGAGUGCUGUCUCUUCUAUCAUACAGACAAAAAGGCAUCGGCUUGUGAUUGGCUGUUUGCUAUUGUAAAAUAUCUUUGGUAAGGUAAACUGUAGACCUUGUUGAUAAGAGCGUCGUUGCUGAUUUGCAAAUUUCUUGCAUGCCUACCGUCGCCGCGUCGCAACGCACGGUGGAUAUGGGCUCUUAGGAUAUGUGAUACGGUGACGGGCGUCCCGACUCAUGCCUCCCAAGUUAAUGUUGUUUUAAGUACUUGCACAAUGUAAAAUAUACUCCUAACCCCUAAGGUUGAUAUGGGUCGGGAAGGCCAACUUAAAAUCAUAAUAAAUAAGAUGGACAGUUGAUCAAAAAUGCCGAUAUUUGUUAAGUUUUGUUUGGAGUAACUCAAUGACAGAGUCUGUGAAAUAGCUGAAUCACUGGCGACUUUGAAACCUUUGUUUAAAAACUGUACAGGGUAUCCUUGGAUCGGCCUGAAACAAUAUUAAAUCCAAGAUAUCGCCAGUGAGAAGCAAUCGUAUUCACUCGGUGUUGUGACGUCACCGCGCAUUAGUUAUUACUUUUCGGACCUGUUUCACAAAUUGCAGAUAAAGUCUAAUAGCUGCUCAUUAACAAUUAAUCUGUCAGAUAAAGAACACUUGGUUUCACAGGUAUCCUUUAUGUGACAGAUAGCGUUGUCUGAUAGCUAGCUAUCUUAAACUCUAUCAGGAACAUGUGAAACUGAUCCUUAGUAAUUUAGCGUUACCAACAAGUUUCGCUAUAACUUUUUUUAAAUAUCAUAUUUUGAGUCAAAAUUCGAAUUCUAUGUAAGCUCGACAGAAAAUCGAUGUUAGAUUAAAAAAAUCUUUUAUCUAUUUCAAUUUCUGAACAAAGAGUUCCUACAGAUACUUAAUUCAUGAUUGGCAUUUUGGAGAAACUUGGUAAGGUUAGCGUAAGAAACGGUUAAUGUAGGAUAAGGUAGAAAGUUAUGUAAGAUAGACUAACAACGUCAUAGAAAUCAUCAUAACGUGAAUUCGAUAUACGUGUAACUUAAAAAUGUACGGAGGCGUUUAAAGUUUCGGUUGGUAUAGACUAUGAAAUUAGUUUUUUAUUGUUAAUAGAGCUAAGGCGAGUCACAUGCAUGCUUCCAGUUUGAAAAAGUUUUUUUAAGUCAUGAAUUUGUAACGUCUUUUAAUUAGUUUGUAAUUUUUUUUAUGUCGCUUCAGAUGUCUAUGAGCUCCUAACACGAGACUCUGUUUUGUUAAAAUUUCCAUUCGAUUGUAAAUAAGGCGAUUCAAUUCCAUAUUAAUUUCGUUACGCUGAUAUUUGUUAUUCGGCAGUUAUUGUCUGUGGCGAGUGCGUUUGCGAUGCAAAAUAGGAAAAUUGUCAUAGACAACUGACGAUCAGUCAUGUUUAAUCUGUAACGUCGUUUUCGAAUCUCGAAAGUUGAAAAUUUAUAAAUACUCAAUUUAAACGAGCUUCUUAUCGAAGAGUUACAGAGGUAGUUCACAUGAUUGUGUAAUAUCUACUUUAUCAUUAGCAAAAGGCACGUUCCACAGACAGCAACAAACCGAUAUUAUUAUUUCAAAUUGUAAUUAUAAGCAGCAAAUGCAAUCUAUUUGGCGUCCGGUGUUCAAUGCGCGUAUCAUCAAGUACAAAUCUAGGAGUUGUUAGUGCGGUCGUCCCGUCAGAUGGAGUGACUAAGUCAUAACUUAUUCUCCGACGUUAUUUUUAAAGAUGGAAACUUUACAGCCACGUUAGCGUAAUGUCCCAUUCCAAGUCUUAGAUGUGUUGUUUUGCACGAAGUUUUCGUUACGGUGGUCACGCGACCUCCCCUCUUCAUCAAAGGUUUAGCUUUAAAGAUUGUUGUUUGCCUUAUAAAAAAAUGUGAUCUUAUGACGAUUAUACAUAACGGGUGUUAGCGCAGCGCUCGCAGCGGCUUGCGUUGUAUAAAAAAUACUUGACUCUUUUGGGCCUUUACACUCUUUAACUUUUCUUUUACGUUUCGCAAGAAAAUCUACUAAAAAGAUCUCGAAUUUUCUAGAAAACGCUUUAAUACGCAUGAGCUGCGGACGCUGCGCGUGCGAGUGAAUAUGCCUUGUAUAAUGAUAACAAAUGAAUUAUGUAAUAUAAUAAGACUUGACAAGUGCGGUGUGAAGUUGCGAGGCUCGGUGCAGCCUACUGUCAAUUGGAUACAGUUAGGGCGUAAAGGGCUUUAUUGGUGGGAGGCUGGCAGCUUGCGCCGACAUUGGAUCUUAUAAUGACAUACUUAGCGUUUUCUGAAACGAUUUCCAUAACUAUUGACACUUGGCAAAGAUUCAACGCAAAGCAAUUUGUGCCUUAUCAUGUUUGCAAUUGGGACCGACUUGAUUUGCGCUGAAUCUAUGCUCAAGUGCAGAUCCUGGAAUCGUUUCAGGAUUCGGGCCUUCAGUAGUUUUCGAAUGUUACUUAAUAUGUUUACUAUAUUAUUGUCAGUUAACUUGUUCAUUUAAUUUUUUGUACUUUUCUAUGUCUGUAAAAAACACAGUAUGAAGGUAACAUGUUUAUUUGCGCUGUCAUAUAAAGUUUAAACGAGAUAAAAACUUCAGUAGCUAUGUAUUUGUAGCUGGUCUUAAUGUUUGUGCUUUGCAUAUAAAUUCUGUUACCCUCUACUAUGUUUUAUGGUGUUAAAUAUUUUGAAUUAGGUCAAUCCAAAGCGUCAGUGUCGGCGCAACCGGCCAGCCUUUACUUGUUAGUUGUAAGAAUGGUGUGAACAAUUUUAUUUCUACUUCUGUAUACUUUACACCGCCACAUAACUGGUAAAGCCCUCUCCGCAGGUUUAAAAUAUAAAAAAACUUUUUUAUGAAUCAUAAGAAAUGCUUAGUUCCACAAUAAUUAAUAAAGAUGCGUAAAUUUUUCUUAUUAGUAAGUAAAAGAUCUCAUAUGUCUUAUAUUUGUUUUGUCUUUUUUAUAUUUUGAGGAACUUCAGAAUAGUCGAGUUGAUUUAAAGACAACUUAUGUAAAAUAAAAUAUAUUGAUGUAAAUA